CACAUAAAUUGGUUUUUAAAUAAAUAAGGGUUACUUUAUACUUUAUGAGAGGAAAAAUAUUUUUUAGACAGACAUUUUUAAGCAGAGUUAUAACGCCAAUACAAAGACAUAGGAAUGUUUAUUUAUGCUAUAAUGGAGUUAAAUCAGUCUCGAUUCAUUCUAAAAGUGAAGAUUCUAUGAUGGGAGAUUAUCCCAGUAAUGUUCCUUUUAUAAAUAGACAAACAAGAAAUCCAUAUGAUCCGGAAUACUUUGAUGUAACAGAAAGACGUAAAUUUGGGGAAACAUUACAUGAACAGGAUGAAAUUCUUUCGAUGUUUUCUAUGGAUAUUCAUCCUCAUAUUACGACAAUGAAAGCUAUUCUUCAUUUAUUUACAUUUGGAUUAGUUGUGGGUACAAUUUGUUCAAUUGCAUAUGUUUUCCGACCCAAACCACAUGGAAUACCUAGAGAAGAUAUCUUGAAAAAAUUAGAAAGACCUUAAUAUCUUAAAUACUGAAAAAAAAUCAUAAGUUUUUUUUAUUUUUUAG